AGGAGGAACUGUUUGGCCAAUCAAAAAAGAUCUUACAUCACGUGAAAUCGAUACGGAAGAGAAGAAUUCCGAGGUCAAUCAUAUUUUCGCAUUCUUCUGAGAUUUUGUGUAUUGAAUAAAGUUAGCUGAUAAAAAGAUUUAAAGAAGAGUUCAAGUUGUUAUUUAUAUCUGGUAACAAGCUUGGGGAACUCGAAGGAUUAACAAACUAUUGCCAUAAAGAGCAGUCAGUAGUUAUCACUGUGUUGGACAGAUGCUGAAGCCUUCAAGAUGUAUAUUGAUCAGCAUUUUAUUGAUUAUUAACUGUAAUUAAUGGCUAAAGACCAGACAAAUAAGCUGAAGACAUAACCACAAUUAUGGCAGGUGACGAAGUGGAUGGCCUUGGUCCAUCUCGUUGUAGAGAUGGAAAUUAUGGAAUUAGCAUAGCAGAUUUACGAGUAAUUAACGAACAAAAAGGAUUAGAAGCUGUAGAACAUAUACAAAGCAAAUAUGGCAGUGUUGUAGAAAUCUGUAAUUUAUUAUUUACUUCACCUAAUGAAGGAUUAUCAGGAGCACCCGCUGAUUUAGAAGAUAGAAUAAAGUGUUUUGGUUCUAAUGUAAUACCACCUAAACCUCCAAAAUCAUUUUUACAGUUAGUGUGGGAAGCACUUCAGGAUGUGACUUUAAUUAUUUUAUUAAUUGCUGCAUUAGUUACUAUAGGUUUAUCAUUUUAUCCUGCUGGAGAUGACGGAGGUGAUGGGAGUGAUUCUUCAGAGCAAGAGGCAGGAUGGAUAGAAGGAGUAGCAAUUUUAGGGGCCGUUAUAGUUGUAGUAUUAGUAACAGCAUUCAAUGACUAUAGAAAAGAACAACAAUUCCGUGGACUGCAAAGUAAAAUAGAACAUGAACAUCAAUUUUCUGUGAUUCGUGGAAGCAAAGAUAUGCAUAUUCCCGUAGGAGAUUUAGUUGUAGGAGAUAUUUGUCAAGUAAAAUAUGGUGAUCUUUUACCAGCUGAUGGUAUAAUUAUUCAAAGUAAUGAUUUAAAGGUAGAUGAAAGUUCGUUAACAGGUGAAUCAGACCAUGUCAAGAAGGGAGAAUCAACAAGUCCUAUUUUGCUGUCAGGUACCCAUGUCAUGGAAGGAAGUGGAAAGAUGUUGGUCACAGCCGUUGGAAUUAACUCACAAACUGGUAUUAUUUUUGCCCUUUUGGGAGCCUCACAAGGUGAAGAAAAGGAAAAAAAAGAAGAAAAGAAAAAUGGCAAGAAAAAAGGAGAUGGUCCAAAUGAAGGUUCACAGACUAACACUGCCGGACAAACAGUUCCAUUGCUUACUAGUGAUGCUGAUGUUAAAGUGGAUCUUGGAUCAAUAAAUCCAGAAGUGCCAACAGGAAACUCCCAUAAUUCCAACAAUACCAAUGCUGUCAACAACAAAGUGGGUAAUGGUGAGCCAAAGAAACCUGCACCGCAGGCAUCAGCAAGGAAAGAGAAGUCAGUUCUACAGGCUAAACUCACCAGGCUGGCCAUCCAGAUAGGAUAUGGAGGAACUGCCAUUGCUGUAGCUACUGUUUUAAUUCUCAUUAUCAAGUUCUGUGUGAAGGAGUUCGCCAUCAACAAGAAUGAAUGGACAAGUGACAAGACUGCCAACUACAUUGAACAUUUUGUCAAACAUUUCAUCAUUGGUGUCACUGUGUUAGUUGUAGCAGUACCAGAGGGUCUUCCAUUAGCUGUCACUUUAUCUCUAGCUUAUUCCGUUAGAAAAAUGAUGGAUGAUAAUAAUUUGGUGCGACAUUUAGAUGCUUGUGAAACAAUGGGAAAUGCUACAGCCAUUUGUUCUGAUAAAACUGGAACACUAACAACCAACAGAAUGACAGUUGUUCAGAGUUAUAUUGGGGGAGUUCACUACAAACAAGUUCCUAACUUUGAAACUUUAGCUGUCAAUUUUAGAGAGUUGAUAGUGUGGGGCAUAGCUAUCAACAGUGGUUAUACCUCCAGAAUACAGGUAUCAGAUGAUGGGGGUCUUCCUGCACAGCUGGGAAAUAAAACAGAGUGUGCCCUGUUAGGAUUUGUUCUGGAUUUGAAACAGAGUUAUGAAUCUGUAAGACAAGAAGUUACUGAAGAACGUUUAACCAAAGUAUACACCUUUAACUCUGUACGGAAGUCUAUGAGUACAGUCAUACCUACCAACAAGGGCUACAGGCUUUUUACAAAGGGAGCUUCAGAAAUUGUUUUAAAAAAAUGUACCCAUAUCUUAGAUUGUAAGGGCCAGGUUUUACCAUUCUCCCCUGAGGAUCAGGAUAAAAUAGUGAAAACUGUAAUAGAACCCAUGGCUAGUGAUGGACUUCGUACAAUCUGUUUGGCUUACAAAGAUUUUGUUAAAGGUGAAAGUGACGGUGUCAAUGAUGUUACAUUCUCAGAGGAACCUGACUGGGAGGAGGAAGGUGAUAUAGUAAAGGGUCUGACAUGUUUACUGGUUGUUGGUAUUGAAGAUCCAGUAAGACCUGAGGUACCCAAUGCUAUCAAGAAAUGUCAGAGAGCAGGUAUCUGUGUAAGAAUGGUAACUGGUGACAAUGUAAAUACAGCCAGAUCUAUUGCCACUAAAUGUGGAAUUCUGGAUCCUAAUGAAGAUUUCCUCGUCAUUGAUGGCAAAGAAUUUAAUAAACGUAUCUUAGAUGAAGAUGGCGAGGUUUCACAGGAAUUAUUUGACAAAGUUUGGCCUAAAUUACGUGUACUGGCCCGAUCAUCACCACAGGAUAAAUAUGUACUGGUAAAAGGUAUUAUAGACAGUAAGUUGAGCACUGCGAGAGAAGUGGUAGCAGUCACAGGUGAUGGAACUAAUGACGGACCUGCUCUCAAAAAGGCUGAUGUUGGAUUUGCUAUGGGUAUAUCAGGAACAGAUGUAGCCAAAGAAGCCUCGGACAUUAUUUUAACAGAUGACAACUUUACCAGUAUUGUUAAAGCUGUGAUGUGGGGUAGAAAUGUGUAUGAUAGUAUUGCUAAGUUUUUACAGUUCCAGUUGACUGUCAAUGUUGUUGCUGUAUUGGUAGCUUUCCUUGGAGCCUGUAUAAUUGAUGACAGUCCUCUACGAGCUAUUCAGAUGUUGUGGGUGAACUUGAUUAUGGACACCCUGGCUUCAUUAGCUCUUGCUACAGAGCUUCCCAGUGAGGAGUUGUUAGAACGUAAACCUUACGGAAGAACAAAAGCUCUCAUUUCUAGAACCAUGACAAAAAAUAUUAUUGGUCAUGCCAUCUAUCAGCUAACUGUUAUAUUUUGUUUACUUUUCUUGGGUCCUCAGUUUUUUGACAUUGAUAGUGGAAUAGGAGGAGAUAUUCAUUCUCCACCAACUCAGCACUUUACUAUUAUAUUUAAUACAUUUGUUAUGAUGACUCUUUGUAAUGAGGUCAAUGCUAGAAAAAUCCAUGGGCAGCGUAAUAUUCUGGAAGGAUUACAGAGGAAUCCAGUAUUUAUAGUUAUCUGGAUUGGAACCUUUAUAGCUCAGAUAGUACUAGUACAAGUUGGAGGUUCCGUGUUUUACACCAAAGGAUUAACACUAGAGCAGUGGUUUUGGUGUAUAUUUUUAGGAAUAGGGGAUCUGAUAUGGGGACAGCUUGUUACAACUGUUCCAACAAGUACAAUACCUAAAAAUAUUUGCCGUCGCCUACGGGGCCGACAUGAAGAAGACGAAGAAGUUGAUCAUGACAUUAUGAUGGAAGAGGAAGAUGUAGGAGGAAGGCGUGGCCAGAUCCUAUGGGUCAGAGGCCUUACCAGACUCCAGCAACAGAUCCGAGUAGUUAAUGCAUUUCAAAUGGACCUAGAUACCUCUCAUUUAGACAGCUACGAUAAACGAAGUAGGCCAUCACUAAUUAGCCUACAGUCACUCCAGGCCAAAUCUGGGGUAUCAAAAAAGCCGAUGCUUGCAAGCUCCCCCGAGGUUGAGGAGAGUCGAUCAUCACCAUGGUUAGGACAUCAAGAUAGUAUACCCUAUGCUGAUGAAUAAUAUGUGUACAGACUUUUUAUAACCUUAAAAUUUAUAGUUGGGCAUUUCAUUAUGAUCCUUCAAAAUAUCAAUUACUAAUAGAUGUUAAAUAUUAUUCAAAUGAAACAAAAAUGCAUACAAGACCGCUAAAAAUGUCUGAUCAUUCAUUUGGUUGUUACUACAGUAGAAUCAUUUGGUUCGUUUCUACAGUAGAAAUGAACAGAGUUGUGUGUCUUAACUUAGUGAAAUGUCUGACUUGAGCUUUUAGGGUUUUGUGUAUUUAGUUGCAUUGCUUUCAUAUUUUAUUUUAAAACAGCAGGAGUGGAUCUAUCAGCAGUCUGUCUGUUGUUUCUACCAGCAAAUCAGUUAAGAUAUUUAUAACCAGUUUGGAAUGCAGAUACAAACUUAAGGUUGUGUAUGAUAAAUAGAAAAAUUCAUUGUAUCAUAUAACAUCAAAACAGAAUCAUUGUGCUUCUAGAACCACUCCUGUAUUUUACUAUGUUGUUUUCAGUGACAAUGUAACCGUUUUCAGGGUUUUAGCUUGUUCUGUGUAUAAUUAUAGUUUGAACAUACUAUUAUAGUACUUUUGUACUUUGAUUUUUUUUCAUUUUUUAAGUUCAUAUCUCUUGCAAGUCUUGAGCUUAUAGUAUAUUGCUUUUCUAUAUCUUCAUCACAGUAAUCAGGGUACUUGGUAACUAUUUUAUUCAAGAAUGAUGGCAAUAAAUAUAUUGGAUUUAAAGAUAUCAAUUUGCAGAAAAAACAGAUUUGAUCAGCUUUUAAAAUUACACCAAACCUAAAAUAUAUCUUGUACCCCUUUAGGACAAAAACAGUUUUAUGUUGCAUGAUAUCAAGAUAAAGUUCUUCUAGGUUAACAAACUUUUCCACACUUUUAAAGUUUGAUAUCAGCAACCAUGUCAGUUCAUUCAUAGACCUACUUUAAGCAUUUUAUCAAAUUUAAAAAAAGAUAAUAUUAACAAACUGAGUUAUCAAGUACACCAGGAUACGAGUGUUGAAUAAACCAAAUAUAGAAACUUGUACAUAUACAGAGAAUUAUUUAUUAUCUUUUGUGUAUAUAGUUUAGAUUGUUAGUGAUAACAUAUUUAUAAGUUCAUACACAAUAUUGUUAUUAUCACAGUGCAAAUAGUGACUAAAAUUAUACAUUUACAGUCACUUACUUUUAUCAUUUUGAAUAUUUAGUUUUCACAUUUUUUUUUUAUUUGAAUGAAGGAAAUAGUUUUUAAACAUUUUUUAAUUGAUAUCUAAAGUAAAUCACCUUUUUCUUCUAUUGUUGAUGGAUCGGAUAGGUCUAAAGCUAGAUGGAAUGAUAUGAAAGUAGAAUAUAUAGAAUAAUUAAAUGCAUGAGAUUAUAUCACUAUUUAUAGGAAUUUAAAUAGAAUACUCAGCAAGAUAUAAAAUGUAGUACCUCUACCUAGCUCAAUGAGAUUAGAGUUACUUAUCUUUGUGAAUAGAGUUAUUCCCCUUGAAGUGCAGGUGGAGAACUUGUCUGGAUAGAAGAAUAAAUUUUAAUAUGUUAAACAUAACAUAUUAUCUUUCUGUAUGAUAUAUUACAAAUACAUUCCCUUUUCUGGGUGUAAUACUUUAAUUAGGAAAACAUCAGGGGAGAUUACUCUUGUAAAAAGAUCAAGAAUUGAACUAUAGUAAAGGGGAUUACUCUUGAGCAAGGAAAGUGUCAUACUUUGUUAUAAAUAUAUUUAUGAUCAUGUGAAAAAUUGUGUCUAAAUGUUGAAUGAAAUAAGGGUAAUAUUUGUAAUUUUAUGUAUAAAUGGCUUCUGUUUACAAGAGUUUUUUCAAGGUCAUUUCGAGGUGAUUUUUUUAGAUAACUAUGCAUUUUAAUGUUUUAGUUCAAAAGCUUUUCUAAUUAGAAUUCAUAUCAUCCACAAUUGAAAUCCUAAGAAAAAUGAUAAAGCAAAAUAAAUAGUUACAUAUCAAGAUUUAAAGUAUAGAAUUAAAACAGCUGAUAAUGUUAUAAUUUAUUAUACUUGUCAUAUCAAAAAAGGACUGAUGUUACAUGUAUAAGUAAAACAUUUUUUUUCUUCUGAAAAAUCCUAACUUCUUUAACUAACAGAGAACAUUAUGUUAAAAAUAUAAGAGAAUUUUUAAGUUUUAUAUAGCAUACACAUGACCAUAGAUUUCAUCACCAGACAUGCAUGUAUGUAGCUUCUAAUAUGCAUUAGUGUAAAUUCUUCAAUAUUUAAACUAUUUAUUUUUGUUAGUUUUUUUAUUAAUUUUUGUCUUUAACUUGGAUUGUUUAUUUUAAUGUCUAUAAGUUAUUUUAUUUUAAAUUAGACUAAAUAAUUGUUUUUAUUUUAUCUAAAAUGAACAUGAUGUUGUAUAUAUUUAUUUGUGACAAAAAUCUUAAGAUUUCUGCAGUUCCAUGACAUAAAGUAGAAGGUAUGGUAAGACCAUUUUCUUUGGCAUCAAAAUACAAAAUAAUGUUAAGAACUUGUCACCCGUCAAGACAUUCUUUUAACUGCAUAUUUCUAUAAUGGUAAAAUGGUAUUUUAAAUUACAUUUCUGCUGUAGGUAUAGAAAUGUAUCAUUUGAAAGGAAUUCAGUUUCUAAUUUUAUUUCUGGAAUGUAUUUUGCAUUUUUUCUAAAACUAAGGCUCCUUCUCUCACAUAUUAUGUUGACAUUCAAGUUUUGACUUACAGUUUAAGUCCCAUCAUGUAUUGAGUGUCAAAAUGUGUGAAUCCCAAACCUUUAUUUUUUAGCCCAAAUAUUUUAACUAAUUUUUAUACUACUGCAAAACAAAAAUUGCAUCAUAUAAUGCUAUCAUGUUUAUUUGAUGUUUUCAUAUACAUUUAGUAUGUCCACUGGUUGAGAUAAAAAAAAAAAAAAAAAGGAAGGGAGGGUUGAAGUAGCUUGACAUGUGCCUGUCCCAGGUCAAAACCAGAUCAGUAAUUGUUUUUUUUAUAUAUAAAUGUUUGUCCUAUGAGGGGGAGGACAGGGGUAAGGGAGACAGGGAGAAAGGGGUAGGAGAAAGGAGAGGAAGGCUGGGAGAAAGGAAAAAAAGUUGGAGAGAAAAAUAAAAUAUCUCUUUUUUCUGGUAAAUUAAAAAAAAAAAAAAAAGGAGAAGAGGGGUAGGAGAAAGGAGAAGAGGGGUGUGAGAAGGGAGAAGGGUACCCCCUGUCCUCCCCCUCUCCUAUGGGGAUUUGGGUGCUGAUGAUAGAUCUUGAUAUAUCAGUUGAUUUUAUUCACAAAAUUUCUAGACCAUAGUUAAUUGGAGAGGUUAGGAAUUAUCAGUAUUUUGCAUUUAUAAAACUUAAUGGUGCUUAUCAUACCUCUAUUAAGAUGGCUAUGGUGCUUAUCAUACCUCUAUUAAGAUGGCUAUCAAAGUAUAAACUGCAGUGCAUUGUUUCUUUGGUAUGAAGCAAUUUUACAUAAUCUACAAUUUAUUAUAUAACAUUUAACAAUUAAAUGUUUGACCUUGCUUUUUAUGUUACAGCUAUACAAAACACUUAACUCAAACUAAUUCUUUCAAGUUUUAAUGAAUGUACUACAUUUACAUUAUAAUUGUACUUCAUAUGAAAACACUAAAAUUCUUUAGGAGCUCUUGACUUUAGACUGAAAUUGUUGAAAUAAAAAUUUAACAGCCAAAUAAUGCAUGUUAAAACAUCUGUUAAUCAUGUGAUUCGUAUAACCUUUAAAGUUGUAUGCUAAGAAAUUGUCAAUGAUUUUACCUUCCUCAGUAUUACUAAAAUUGGUUCAUAAUAAUUUGACAAAUGCGGAAAAAACUGUUACACAUAAUUAUUAAAGUUGACCUAAGGAUUAAAGACCUUGGCUUAUAUUUUGCAAUAGUACACAGCCUUUGAUUGUUCUAUACCUCUUAACUUUUAAAGUUGGAAGAGUUGAGUAAUUUGUCAAGGUCACUCUAAGAGGUCGUUGUCCUUCCUUCUGUAUAGGACCACUCAAAGAUGAAAGAAGGUUAAGUGUAAAUCCUAAUCCUUUGGUAUUUUAAUAGCAAAUGGAAAAACCAGUAAAACAAAUAUCUAUUUAACCUAAAAUUUCAAUUUAAUAUGAAAAUACAUAUAUAAACAAUUAAAUUAGCUUGCUCUGCAUGUUGUUGGAUUAUCUAAAAUUGCUUCAUAAUCUCAGACCACAUAAAAUACCAUGAACUUUCAGAUUUUUAAACAUAUCACUCAGAUUAAGAAUAAUGCAUGGUUAAGAGAAUUCCAAGUAUACAAAAUUGUUUAAAUUUGUGCAAAAUAUAAAUCUAUAAAUGUAACUUUUUUUUUAAAGUUUUAUGUCUUUGCUGCAAUUGCCAGUCAAAACAGUACCAGCAUCUUUAUCUCCUCUCUUAAACUAAUUUUCUAUUUUCAGAUGUUCAAGUUUCAAGAGAAAAUGACCAAUAAUUUACGAAAAAUCAAGACUUGCAAGAAUUUUAUGUAUUGUGAAGUCAUAGCUAGUAGAUUCUGUGUAGAACUGUUGUGUAUUAUGUACCCAUUCAGCUUGUUAAUUUUCAUUUGAAUAUGAUACAUCUUAUUUCUUAUUGGUUUAUAAUCCCCAUCAUGUGACAUAAUACUUUUUUCUGAUUGGUUUGUAAUCAAUAUCAUAUGAAUGAAAACAAUUGUGUGCAUGUAAACUAAUUUGUUACAAUAAAUACACAUUGAAUGAGAACAAAUGAACAAUGUACAUAUAAAAAAGAAAGUUGAGUGUCACUGCAUGUUCAGAUAUUGCACGAUGUAAAUAUAUAUACCAUCUUUUUUCCAGUGUUUGCCAUCCCUGCACAAAAUAUUCAUUGAAAUGGAAUCAAAUAGACUUCCAGUUGUAAUUCAUUCAUUAAACAGAUAAAAGAAAUACUUAAUUGAAUGAUAUGCCAAAAGAAAGUGGUUCACUUUUACUGAGAACUGGUAUACAAAAUCAAAUGAUUCAACAAGAUAUUUACUAGGGAAAAAUGUUCAAAGUUAAGAUAUCUUACAUUUACUUGACAGAGACAAAGACAGGUUGGUACCCCAAUAUGAAUAAUGAAAAAAAAAUUGAUGCUUUAAAUUGAGCUCAAUAACCAUUACUUUAAAGUUUCUUUAACAAACAUUGGACCAACAUUAUUUUUUCGAAAACUAAAAUCAGCGAUUCCUUUAGAGGUUUAAUAUCUGUCAUUAAUAGGAAAUUUUUUAACUUGGAUCUUAUUGACAAGAAAUUUAAGAUUGUAUAUUUAAUAUGACUGAAAUAUAAAAAAAUCUUAUCAAAGUAGUUUUUGUCUUGGUCUGGAUCAUUUGAUUUUAGUAUAAGAGUUGUCAGGAACUAUCCUCUGAACUCAAAUCUAAGCUCAGGGAUGUAUCACAAUUCUGCUAUGAGUUUGAAUACUUCGAGUAUUGCAAUAUAGUCAAGAAUGAUCAACAUUUGCAUUUCUAAAAAAUCAAAAUAGCUUUAAAGUCCCAUAAAAAUGAUGCAUCUAUAUGCCAGUGCUUAAAUUUUAUCUUCCAUCUUUACUUGGAAGACAUUUUCCCCCUUCACUCAUUAAUUCUUUCUGAAUGUGAAUUUUGUACAAAAUAUCAGCCAGUUUGGAAUAGAAUUAUAAAUCAUGAUUUGUAUAUGAUUAAAUUUCAAGUAGGUAACCUGUCAUAAGGGAAAUUUACUUGUCAGGCAGCCGUUUUGAGAUAUCAAACUUUAUAAUAACUCCCCUUAUCUCCCAUCAGAUAUUUGUGAAAGGGGAGACAACUUAACUAUUUCACUCUUCAAUAUUUUUCAACUUUAAAAUAAGUAUGUGAAGUUAAUUGUUAUGAUUCAAGUGCAGGUCAUAGUUGAUGUAUUAAAAUUGUUAUGCAUUUAAUCAUGCUUUAUGUCAGCUAUGAUUUAAAUUCUGAAUAAAAAUGGCUAUAUUUGCAAUGAAAAUUAUUCAAACGGCACCAAUUCAGCUUAUUUUAUGCAUUCGUUCUUUUGAAAAAUUAAAUCUAUCGCUAGAUAAAGUGGAGAGUUGAUUAACCCUUCAUUCCGCCAAAAGUUUUGAAAAGAUCAGGUUUUAAUUGAUUUUUUUUCUUGUUGGAAGUAACCUGUUCUUCAUUAUUCAAUCAACUUCUAAGAUGAGCAGUUUUUGGAAAGGUUUGACUGUAUGUUAGUUACAUGUCAAUUAAAAAAAUAGCUGCAUGACUUUUAGAUGCUUUUCCUAUCUAUCCAUGGUAGAAAACCUGACUCAAAAUUGACCAGUUGAAAAAUUGCUAAAAUGUGUUGGUUGCUAUGAAUGAUUAAUGUCAUGUAAAGAGAAGUGUUUGAGCCAUUAUAUGGCCAAGUAUUCCAUUCCCUUUAACACCAUUUAUGUGUGUAUAUGUUAGAUUUUGAUAUUUUUACCUUUAGCCUGAUUGUUCUGUACAUACAAGAUUGAAACUAGUUCAUUGUGAUAUUAUGAAUAUUUAAUGAUUUCUACAAAUUACUUCGACAUCUCAUUAGAUAUAUACAUUAUAUAUAUACUGUAUUGUUUUUAGAUGUUACAUGUUAUAAAUGUCUGACUUGGCUUUUCUAUUAGAUUGUAGAAAUGGUUGUAGGAUUUUAUUUUUUUAUUUUCUUGGAAAGGGAUAUACCAAAGGAGAAGGUAUGAUGAGAACAGUUUUCGGGCCCUUUGAAAUCACAAAUCAAAAGGUAUUUAAUUUUUCAAAUACGUCCCUCACAUGAACACAAGAAUCUGCAUUUGCUCAUUUAUAAAUUUUAAUGUCUGAUUUUGUUAAGUUCUCAAAAUGAGACUAUUUUGGAAGUUUAAUGACAAAGUUGAAACAGAAACACAGGUAUAUUAGACAUAAUUCAAAAGCAAAGAUAAUGCAUUACCUAAAUAGAUAUUUCGCUGUAAGCUGUCUUAUACAAAGGCAUAAACAAAUCUUAUGAAAAAAUUUAUUUGGCAAUUUCAGAAGCCAAUAUAUAGCUCUUAUCAUACCUUUGCCUUUAUUGUACAAUGUACUUUUAAUUUUAAUUUUUCUUAUUAAAUCUUACAAAACAGAUUUUUUGAGUCCUUUGCAAGAAAAAUAUUCAUCUUUAAACUACUGCAUAAAGACUUGCAUUUGGAACCAAAGUUAACAGAGUUAUUCAAAACAUUUUUGCAAAAUAAAAGAUGAAUUUAAAAACAAAUGAAAUAGAUAGUUGUAUUUUGUCAAUUUAAGCCAUUUAUAGACAUUUGAAUUGUAAAAAUAUUAAAAAUUCUAGAUUCUAAAUAUAUUAUACUUCUGGAGAGCCAACCAUAUUAAACUUCUGAUUCUGUCAUUAAAUAUUCAUAUUGUCAUUGAUAAUAAUAUUAUACCAUUUUUAUUGUUUUUAGAACAUAAUGUUGCUUUAUUGGUAGUAUUGUUAUAUAAAGCUAUUAAUAACAUGGUACAUGCCAAUGUGUUAAAAACAAGCAGAAAAAAUAGUUCAAACUUUUGUAUUGAUAAGUCAAAUACCUUAAAUUUUCUCUUUUCUUAGUCAAAUGCUAAUUCUUAGUUUUUAAGUCAUUAGUUUUUACUGUACAAUGGAGUCUUAUUCUUAUUUUUCUGUGUAUAGUGUUAUUGAAAUGGUAUUGAGGUAGUCGAAAUUAAAUCUGUUUAUAAAAGUCAACAAUAUUUUAAGACAUAAUACCUAUAAUAGAUGAAAUCAGUAUUGUUGAAGAUAGUAUAAUAUUUUGCUCUCUGACAAAUGUUCUUUUAUCCUGUAUGUAAUUCAUUAUGUUUUAACUUAAAAAUAUAAAAGGUAUUGCAUUUUUUCUGCUGACAUUUUAACAUAAAUUUAACCGGCAUUAUCAUGGGUUAUUUCCCUUUGACUUGCUGAGAGGAUUGUUAUCCAUCUAAGAGUUAGAUAUUCUAGAUAAUGUUAAACGUGUAAGUUCUCAUCAUAUUUGUAAUAAAACCAAUUUUUACAAAGA